AUGGACUUUCACUAUUUUCUUGUAUUACUCGUGACCACGUGGUGUCUGAUUGGCGAAUCGGAGGGUGCAUGGAGGAGGAGACGUCGCUGUCGCAGAAUCUGUGUUGCUGGAUUUUGCCGAUGGGUCUGUUUUGGAAAAAGAAACGAAGUGUCCGAAAGUUCCUCACUACCCUGCGACUUUGCUGCCUGGGACAAGAACGGAGACGGCCAUGUUGAUUUAGAGGAGUUUUCUUCCGUAGCCUAUCCGUUUGUCAAAGAAGAAGAUUCGGCGUCAGCCUUUCAAGCUACAGAUAAGGACGGAAACCAACAAAUUUCGAAGACAGAACUACACAAAGCUGAAGCUGAAAUAAUGUUCGGAAUAUGUUAGAGAACAGUUGAUACCAAAAUAAAUCACAUUCUGGAGCACUAGUGACGUGAUUU